CGCCCACCCCACCUCCGCAUCUCAGCUCAGUACUUGAUCCACCACCCACAAAUCCGCCGCGCCCAAAUCAGGAGGAGGAGGUAAGAGGAGAGGUAGGUGCCGAGAAGAGAUGGAGGUGGAGGCGGCGACGGCGGCGGCCAUGGACUUCCACGCGCUCUCCCGCCGCGAGCUGCAGGCGCUGUGCAAGCGCAACGGCGUCCGCGCCAACAUGACCAACGCCGCCAUGGCCGAUGCCCUCCAGUCGCUCCCCACGGUGGAUGGGGUCGACGAGAUCGGCACGGCGGCGCUCUGCCUCCCGACGCCGAGCAGGUCGACGAUGAAGUCGGCUUUGAAGGCCGCCGCGGCGAUCGGCGAGGAGCAGCAGCACGGGAGCCCGCUCCCCCGCGGCCGCCGCGUGUCGGUGAUGUCGCCGGAGGCCAUCCGGUUGGACGUCGAGGAGGGCGAGGACGAGAUGAAGCGGGAUCUCGUCAAGGAGAUCGUGAGGACCCCGGGCGUGGCGCUGCGCAGCACCAGCCGCCGCGCGAGGGCCACGCCAGCGCCGAUCCCGACCCCUGCGACCACUAGGCGGACCGCCGCUGCGCGCAAGGUGGAGGAGGCUGCGCCUACCCCAGCUACUCUGCGGAGGAGCCAGAGGACGGCUGCUCGGAAGGCCGCUGCUCCGGUGGUGGAGGAGGUCACGGCAACUAAGACAACAACUAGGAGGUCUGCGAGAUCGAAGGUGAUGGUUGAUUUGGAGCAGGAGGUGGAGGACAUGGCGGUGGCGUUGCAGGAGGUGAAGGUUCAGGAAGAGGAUCCAAAAGAUGUUGCUUCCGAUGAGAAAUGUGAUGAGGAAGAGGAAGCUACGAAAAUUCUGGGAGGAAACAGUAAAGAGGUGGAAUCAGAGGAGGGUGAGGAAGUUGUUUCUUCUGCUGCACCAACUGAACUUGCAGUAAUUUCAGUUAUGAGCUGUGAUGACCCUAAGGAGGAGGAAAUAGUUGCAACUGGGGAGGAACCAGCUAAAACCCAAGAAGUCAUGGAGGAUUCACCAAUCCUAGGAGUCCUGUCAAAGCCAGAACCUGUGGAACCACUCAGCGAGAAGAUAGAAGAUGCCUCUGUUGGUGAUGGUCUGGGCUUUGGUAAACUGUCCGCAUUGAAGGAGAUAACUGGUGAGAUGAAUGAUAAGGAAGUUGAUGCCGAUGAGGUUCCAGAAGAGAAGCUUCCAGCUGAUGUGACCGAUGACAAGACCAGCGAGGAAGAUGACCUCAACGAAGUUGAGAAAUUAUCUGCCGUUGAGAUACCACAGGCUGAUCUAACAGGUGAUAAAACCAGUGAGGAAGAGGAUCUGAAUGAAGUGAAGGAAGGGUCGGCCUAUGAGAAUCCGCAGGCUGAUCGGAUAGACGCUGAGAGCAGUGAGGAAGAUGAUCUUGAUGGGGAUUACAGUGAAGAAUCUGAUAUUGAUGAGGAGUCCAAUGAGGAAGGUAUGCUUGAUGAGGAAUUCGCCGCUGAGGAAUAUGCCUCCAGUGAGGAGACUGAUGAUGAGAGUGACCCCUCUGAAGUGGCCACUGAUUCUGAUGAAGUGGAAGUAGAAAAGCUGCAGGUCGCAAUGGAGGAUGGAUUGACUGCCGAGGCCAAUCAGGUUGAUGAUGAAGAGGAUGAUUUCAGCGGUGACCUACCAUCGGAUUUCGACAAUGCCGACAACUUCAGUGAUGAUGAAACUGAGAGCGAUGCCACUGUUGUGAUCUCAUCUGCUUCCAAGGCCGCUGUUGUGAAGACCCUGGAUGACUCCUCCGUCACUGAAGCAUCCAGUGAGGAGGAGGUUUCUCAACAGGAGGUGGAAGCCUCAGUUAACUCCAUCGUGAAGUCCCUGGAUGAGUUUACUUUCACGGUGGAGGGCACCCAGAAGGAUGAGCUGACUGAAGAGAUGAAGAGCACAGAUGAUGCUGAGGAUGUGGGAGCAAAGGAGUUGAAGAAAGAGAAGAAGAAAAAGAAGCCGACUGUCCAGGAACUUAACGCCACGAGCAUGAGGAAGCUCAAAACCAUGCUCAAGGAAGAGCUAAUUGCCAAGGCUGCCGCUGGGGAAGGGAAGAGGCUGGCGCUUGCAGAGCUGGACGACAACGCCGGUGGCGUCGACUGCUGAUCGACGAUGCGGAUGGGGGGCGUGAGGAGCUGCAAAACCCAAUGCCAUAUGAGACUGAAUAAAAUGAGGAGAGCUAUAGUUGUGAAGUGAUAACUAAGGCUUCGUCUUGCUGGCGUGAGUACCCAAGUUUUAGUUGUGAAGUGAUACUUAAGGCUUCGUCUUGCUGGCGUGAGUGCCCAAGUUUUAGUUGUGAAGUGAUACUUAAGGCUUCGUCUUGCUGGCGUGAGUGCCCAAGUUUUCGUGUGUGGGGAGAGGCGCAUCAGGUUGUGAAACCAUGGUUUCUCUGAACAACCUGCAGUUUGCGUUGGUUCUCUCUGUUUCCUUUUUUCUCGUGGUCGUUUUGUGUCUUUGUAUCCGUUCCGUGCUGAGACUCUGGCUUGGUUAAGCCCUAAAUGUAUUUUACUGCUAUUUACAAGUAAUCGAGUUCUCUGUUACUGCUCA